AUGCCUGAGAGCCACAAGUCGAGUAUCCGACUCCAAGCAAUGACAGGGCUGCGAGAGGAUGGCAGGAAAUCUCUCCAAUCGAGGCCUGUCAAUGUGGAAGUCGCCGUCCUGCCCAACACCUUCGGCUCCUCCCGCGUGAGAGAGGCCUUCCCAGCUGUCCACGCUGAGUUCUCUAAACCUCACCCGCCUGGUCGCCUCGGGCCUGCCCCUAUCACAUUUUCAGUCGAUUUUCGUGGGAUCGGCGGGCCAGGAAGCUCCGGACAGGAGAGAGACGACGAGGAAGCUGUGAGCGAUUAUUCCUUUCUCGUCAUGAGCUGGUUGCUGCAUGUCAAAGUUCACCUGCUGGAGGCAGAUGGGAAUCUUCUUGAUGCAAGUGUCAUGGCGGUCCGAGCAGCGCUGCGGUCCACAUGGUUUCCGAGAAUGAUCUUCAAACAGGAUGGACCAGAAGACCGAAUCUCUGUGGAGAUGGAUGAUGAUCGAUCAACCUACUGGCGACUCGACUCCAUCAACUGCCCGCUCACUGUCUCUCUAUAUCGCCUCGGGUCCGCAUGGGUGAUCGAUCCGACAGAAGGGGAGGAGUGUGCUGCAGACGGUCGUCUGAUACUUGCAGCGCGGACAGUGCGAGAUGACGAGGAUGUGAACAUGUUCGAAGAUGAACAAGUUCUCUGGUCAAAUUUCUCGCACCCUGAGAGGUCAGGAAGCAAUUUCACCAUAGCUGGGCCAGACUUCCCCGAUGUCCUCGUCCCCAACAUGUCUCGAGCCGUCAUCUGCCUCAUAGACAUGGAUGGCCCGAUAGAGAGAGACUUGAUUCGCCCGCUGCACCCAAACAGGACGACAGAGUCAGAGUCCGAUCGAACCAUCGAAGACGUGUGGGCUCACCAGGGCGAGUUGGAGUAUGAAGAUGAUGACAAUCUGAGAUGCCCAUGGCGUCCUGAGGUGCCUCCUGAGUUCAGGAAGGACUUUGAGGAGCGAGAAGCGAGAGGGCUCAAAGUCGAUCCCUUCAAGGCGUUUGGAGGAGCUCCAAGUGGAGGCCCAACCAAAUGCUGCGAUUCCUGGGGAAAGCCGAUUGAUCGCAAGGAUCCAGUCAUCCCAGAGCAUGAGUGGAAGCGACUCCCCUCGUACCUCAUGUUCAUGACGCUCGACCUGCAGAAGCGGGAGGAGAGGUUCAAAGUCAACCCUGGCUUCUAUGGAUACUACAAGAACGGAGUCUACAAGACCGACGGCGAUCAGCUGGGCUUGCAUCCUAGUGUCCCGACCGAGCUGCUGGACCAACAUGAAGCUUUCCAAGAGUACCUCAACGACAGGCGAGAUCUCUACGAAGAGGUUCUCAACAACCCUAAGACCCAGCCAAGAUGGAUCAAGCUCAUAGUGCUGGCAAAGACGAUCGUCGACAAGAUGUUACAACAAAUGGAAUCAUUCCUGGCGACAAGGGGAGAAGAACCAGUCUACGACAUCACGUAUGACGACAUACCGGUGGAAGAGAGCAGUCCAGACUGA